AGUCUGUCGCCGGCCGCGAGUGGUGGGGGAUGCACGGCGCGGAGCGGCGCACCGACUCAGCACACGAACGGUGGUCAUCUCUCGUCGGCUGAACCGUGCGGCGUCAGCUCCGGCUGCCAGUCGUCCACAAACGAACUGCGACCUCACCGGUCCUCCGAGACCGGCGUCCCCCGAACCUCCCCCCGCGGGACCAGCCAGUCGCGCUUCCAAGCCAGCUCGUGCCGCGCCGACCCGACCCCGUGUCGUUCCCCCGGGGACAACACGUGCGCCCGUGCGCCCCGUGACCUGGACGACGGACGUGAGGUGACUCCGGGACCCGAUCUGGUGCGACUCUUCGUCGGAGACAGAGAGGGAGUGACUGCGCGUACCGAGCGCGCUCGUGCGUGCGCGAGUGCCUGCGUGCCGACGUGCGCGUGACAGUGCGAGCGCGAGUGCUGGCGUGCGCGUGAUCGUGACAUCGUGAGUGACCGUCUGUGCGAUCGCUCGCACCAGCGAGUCGCCAGAAUGGCUCGCGAGAGGUCGUCGCCUCCGCUGCUGGCUACUCUCCUGCUGCUGCUGAUGAGCUCUGUUUCGGCAGACCUCGAUGUCGCAAGUCUGUACGGGAAGUUUCGAAAAGGUCGACUGAUCAACGUGUCGGCCGUGGAGGGCCAGACAGCUGAGCUGCCCUGUGACGUCACACCUCCAAUGGCCGGUGAUGAGCUGCGAUUGGUGCUCUGGUACCACGGAACAGGAGGAACGCCCAUCUACACCUACGACGCGCGGGGUCGUCGGACGCUACGCGGCGAGCACUGGGUCGACUCCAGCCUGGACCGAAGUCGGGUUCAAUUCCAGCCGGACGCUCGACCUGCCCACCUGCGUGUGACGGGUGUUCAGCGGGCCGACCAGCGCCUCUACCGGUGUCGGGUCGACUUCCUCCACUCCCCCACCAGAAACUCACGCGUCAACCUGACCGUCAUCGUGCCGCCGGAGCCUCCAGUUUUGUACGACAGCUCGGGACGACAGAUCCGGGAGAGGGCUGGUCCGUUCAGAGAGGGCCAAACGGUAACCAUCACCUGCGUAACGAGCGGAGGCUCCCCGUCCCCAAAUGUCACCUGGUGGAGCGGAAACGCGCUACUGGACGGCUCGUGGCAGGGUUCAGCGGACGGCGCGGUACGAAACCAGCUGACCCUGGGCCCUCUGAGCCGGGCUGACCUGGGUGCCGAGUAUACGUGCUGGGCCACCAACCACGUACUCAGCCCGCCGCGCUCCACAACGUUCAGCAUCGACCUGCUCCUGCGGCCCCUCACUGUGAACAUGAUGGGGGUGAACCGACCGCUCUCAGUUGGCACCACCUAUCAGCUGAGCUGUGAGAGCGCCGGCUCGCGACCUGCCGCCUCCAUCACCUGGUGGCUCGGCUCGCAGAAACUGAAACACGCGCGUGAGGAGCACCUGGAGGCGUUCAAUGUCACCCGGUCGGUGCUGUCGUUCACCCCCGACAUGGACUCGCUGGGUCAGCAGCUGCGGUGUCAGGCCGAGAACCACAAGCUGCGCGCGGCGCCGCUGCAGCAGUCCUGGCCGCUCACCGUACACUACAAGCCCCGGCCGACCCUGCGGCUCUGGUCACGACUCCAGGAGCGCGGCACCCGUCAGGGGGAUGACGUCUUCAUGAAGUGUGACGUCAGAGCUGACCCUCCGGUCACCGACAUCCGCUGGAAAUUCCAGUCAAAGCCGAUUGGGCUCUUCCCGCACCUUUCUGUGGACAUCUCAAACGGAUCGCUGGUGCUGCGUUCGGUCACUACCAAAGCAAGUGGUCAGUACAGCUGUGAGGCCACCAACGCUGAGGGAACGGCCGAGAGCAACUACACCACACUCGACGUGCAAGUGUUGCCCGUCUGUGCGUCUGACGGGACGGAGACGGUGCAGGCCGCCCGGGGCGAGACGGUCAAUGUCACGUGCAGCGUGUCGGCCAAUCCGGAGCCGUUCCGCUACACGUGGGCGCUAAACGUGUCAGGCGCCGUGUCUGACGUCCCUGAGGGCCGGGUCACUAGUGCCGGCCCGACCAGCACUGUCAGCUUUACACCGAGGUCUCAUCACGACUUCGGCACCCUACUCUGCUGGGCGGAUAACCUGCUGGGUCGGCAGAAGGAGCCUUGCCGCAUCCAGCUCGUGCUCGCAGAGCGUCCCGGCCCUCUGCACAACUGUUCCGUCCUGAACCGGACCACGGCCAGCCUGGAGACGGCCUGCCAGGCGGGCUUUCACGGCGGCCUGCAGCAGUGGUUCACGGUGAUGGUCCGUGACUCGGUCACUCAGGAGAUGGUGGCCAACCGCAGCUCGGCUCUUCCCAGGUUUUUCAUAAGUGACCUGCAGGAGGGACGCAACUAUACCGUCACCAUGUAUGCCUAUAACGACCGAGGGCGUGGCCGCCUACAGAGACUACAAGUGGCUACACUCACCACACCUGCCGAGACGGGUGAAAUGACCGGCCCUCUGGGCUCCCUGUUUCGGAUGACACCGAUCCUGGGCAUUCUCAUCGGGAUCGUCGGCACUCUGGUACUCCUCGCCAUCGCCAUUGUUGUCACAAUGCGCCUCCGAGGACACAAUGAUGCGAAGGAGGGGUACCCGGCACCGGCACCGCCUGAGAAGGCAGCCCCCGGCUCGGCAACAUGUCACAUCCCGGCCAACAACCCCGACCUGCUCACCGUCAAAAUCGAUGACAUCGAUGACCCGGAAGAGCGCUACAUGGCCGAGCGGCUCAUCAACCGCCCUCCUCUGGACCUGCCGCGCAAGUUCUGCUCGCGUUCACCGCCUCCCAACUCGACCUACUGUACCCUGGGGCGCGGAGAGUACACCCGAGUUCCCUCCCCGAAAAUGCCGGCGUACGCGGGCCCCUACUUCAGCCUGCCGAGGGAGUCCGGCCAGAGGUCGUGCAGCAGCGAUGCGUCUGAGUGUCGGUAUGACACGGCUCACUCUCACUCGGGUCACUCCGACACCUCCACCCUGGAGGAGGCCGCGCCGCUCAUGGCCGACCGGCGCGAGAGCGUCGUCUGAUUGGUGACGUAAAAAUGACGUCAUCAAGGUCGGUGGAAGUGAACAGUGCAGCUCCGUGCUUGGACCGAGACGGGAUUUGGUGCUCGUGGCGACUGCGUGAGUGCAGUUGUGUGGAAGCGAGAGGACUGCGACAGACUUACGAACUACAAGCAAUCCGCAGAUACAGUGCUUACGUCAUAGUGACGUUCCUCAUGAGUGAGCGACCCUGCAUGCGUCUUUGUUCCCCUAAGUCUAGCGUUUAUUAGACUAGAAGUGCAACAUAUGGUACGCCGUGCAUAUAGGUUAAUGUUUGUUCAAGUCGUCAGUGUUUUAUAUUUCACGUGAAUGAUUGGUUGCGAGUCCAACUUCAGCAUUGUAUCGUGCCAAACUGCAGCUUCCAGGGCUGCUCUGUAAAUGACAAACACUAAUGACGCCACUGAACGGGAUUGACGAGCGAUUGCACAGUGAAAUAUGAUUAUGAUUGUAAAGUGUUUCUUAUGCUAGUUAGUGACUUAGGAUGUGUCAUUGCGUCUGUUGUUUGUAUCGUGUCACGUGAGUUUUGUACUGAUUAGGUGACAUUAGACGUCAGCAAGGUCUUAUGAUCACACUCACAAGUCUUUUUUAUCUAGUUGAUACCUAAAGCAACAACAGCCAGGUUUGGGCACCACAGUGACACUAAUGUCCAUCGCAUUUUGCAUUUUAUUAAUGUCUUUUACAGAUGAUUGUUCGUUGAAUGAUAUGAAAACUGAGCCGGCGAUUAUUCCAUUCUGCACCCCGCCAGCCUGCCCCUGCUCAACGGUGCUGCUGGUUCGCAUGAUAGAUCUCCACUACCAGAACGAUAUUUCAAAAUGACAGCUCUAUAUGUCGGUGUGUUUGCAAACAGUGGCCUCAAGGACCAGUGUCCUCCCUUUAUCACUGUUUAUUUCUGAAGGCGUGGGCAUUCCCCGAGUGUUAGCUUCCAGUCAGUUUCUACCAAUAUAGCGCGCGAUUCAGCGGAGCGAUUCUGGAUAAGCCGCUGGCGAGCUGCAGCCACGUGCGCCCGGGAUCAGAGCAGCUCGGACCGGUGCCAUUCGGAUGUAACCCCGGACGUUAGGUGUUUGUUGCGUCAGACUCCGAUUUAGGUGUGUUUAUGUGUUUGUGUGUUUGUGUGUGCGCCGAAAAGGAUGCUGUCAGUUCGCGAUGUCCCUUGUUCGUCCUGCCGGCUAAUUUGGCGUGCCAUUCACCAUUGUCUGUGAUAUUAACAGCUAAAACUUCCAAACUCUUAUCAUUCGCCUCUUUCCUAUUGCUGUUUUUUCUGUCAUAGCUCACCCCCCCCCUCUCUCUCUCUCUCUCUCUCUCUCUCUCUCUCUCUCUCUCUCUCUCUCUCUCUCUCUCUCAAUUUUUGUCCUCUCUAUCGAUAUGUUCAAUCAAUGCCUAUCAAUUUACAUGUCAUGUUCUACACCACUCGUUAUCUUCCCGUCUCUUCCUUUUAUCUAACCUGUCUCGUUUCACUGACCUUGAGCCAAUCGCUCAUUAUUUGUCCACGCCCCAGUGCGGGCGCCCAGGUUAAAUGCUCGCUGUGAGUGUGCGUGCGUCGCUUAUGUACUAACGCCGUGCUGAAAUACAUACUCUGUCCGC